UCCACUCGACCACAAUGCCUAUCUCCAUAAGCAAACGCCAUCUUCUUCUUCUCCUUCUCGUUCUCCUACUCAGUAAAUCCAAUUCAGCGAACCCAAAUCCCAGCGAUAAGCUAACCCACAUCCGCUUCUACUUCCACGAUAUCAUCAGAGGCCGCAACCGCACCGACGUUCGCGUCACGAAGCCCGCCGUGGCCUCGCCGGCGGCCUUCGGCAUGAUAACCGUAAUGGACGACCCACUGACCGAAGCUCCGGACCCCAAGUCGAGGCUCGUAGGCCGGGCCCAGGGCUUCUACGCGGCAGCGGACCAAAACGAGUUGAGCCUCCUCAUGGCCAUGAAUCUAGCCUUCACUGCCGGUGAGUAUAACGGAAGCGUGCUCUCCGUGCUUGGCAGAAACCAGCCCUUUUAUCCGGUGAGGGAAAUGCCGGUGAUUGGUGGCAGCGGAGCCUUUCGCUUUGCCAGGGGAUACGCGGAGGCCAGGACUCACUCGUUUAGUCGCGACGUCGCCGUCGUCGAAUAUAACGUCUAUCUAAUGCAUAUUUAACGAAGGAAAGUACAAAUUAUGUUAUUGUAAGGGAUUUCAAAGCGAGCGCAGUUUAUUUGUGUGCUAUUAAACAUUUAAUAUCGAAUAUCUUUGCGAUUGUAUCCAAUCUCAUAUUAGCCUUACUUUUAAGCUUAUCCGGUCAGAAAUAGAUAGCAGCUUUUUUUGG